AUUUCAAAACUAAUACAAAAUUUAAUACUGAUAAUUUUAAUUUGUAAUUUGUUGAGUUUGAUUAAAGCCAAGGAGAUAAAGGUUUCUUGCAAAAAUGAUAAAGGAGAAAAUGUAGACUGGUUUUAUCUUUACAAACUGCCUGCCCAUUAUUCAAGUGAUAAAACUGUUGAGUUUGAUAAGUCUGGCUUGAGUUAUAUGUAUUUAACUAAUGCGUCUUAUGAGGAAUGGACUUUAUCCCAGCAUAAAAUAACUGAAACAUCGUCUAUGCCAGCUUUAACCUUGGAACCCUUAAAUGCCAAUCCCCUGGUUUUAAUGCUGGCCUAUAAUGAUGAAUUUCCCAAUGGCCAGGUGAUUGCCUCGGGAGGCCAUACUAAAGGUGUUAUAGCUACUGAUGGUCUUACAGGCAUUUGGCUGGUACAUUCUGUACCUAAAUUUCCUUCCAUUCCACGAUAUGAAUAUCCCUCGACGGCUGCUCAUUAUGGACAAAGUUUUCUGUGCAUUACAUUAAAUUCAACGGAAAUGGAGAAAAUCGGUGAACAAUUGCUGUUCAAUGAACCAAAUAUUUAUUAUGAUCGAGUGCCUGUGACUUUAAGCGAUAAAUUUCCUCAUUUGGAACAAGCCAUACAAAAACAAUGGAUCCGUACAGAACCGUUUAAUAAUAUUUUGGACUUGAAGACUUUACAGGGUUCUAUAUUUAAAUCUUUUGCCAAAACCUCUCAAUUUAAUAAGGAAUUGUAUGAAGAUUUUGUGGCUCCCACUUUGGAUACUAAUCUAUUAGUGGAAACCUGGCGUAAUGGUGCUGGUAAUUUCAAUUCCAACUGCUCGCUCAAUGACAAAGUCUACAAUAUACAAGCUAUUGAAUUAAAUGAUUUAAAAAUAGAUUUCAAUACCACCCAUGAUCAUUCCAAAUGGGCGGUUUCACAAAGUGUAGGCUUGAAAUUCUGGCGCUGGCGUUUUCGUUCCACCUCUAACUGGAUUUGUGUGGGCGAUAUAAAUCGCCAACAGCAUCAGCUGCAAAGAGGUGGUGGCGUUUUGUGCCAACAGCACAAAAAGGUGGCCAAACUUUAUAGGAAAUUGAUUAAACAAUAUGAAAAUUGCUCGAAAUCUUAAAUGAAACUCUUCGUGUUUUAGUAUAGGGGUUUUCAGUUUUAUUUUUAUUAAUUUAUAAAGUAAUUUCUAAUAAUUCAUAUGCUUAACUUUACAUAUACAAUUUCUUCUUCUUUUAAAUUUGUAUUUUUCUCUUUUAAUUAAUUUAUAAUAUAAAUAUUUGUCUGCUGUAUUAGUCUUUAUUUUUUUUCCUACAUAAACUUUUUCUCAAACAAAAACAGCAAAAUUCAAAACAUUUUCUUUAAUUUCUUUUCUUUAAAUAUAAUAAAAAACUAAUUUAAUAAAUGGUUUUAAUACAAAA